AUGGACCAAGAAGAUGAUAUUCCCGAGUACGGUGCCGGUGGGCAUGUUUCGGAGAGCGGUCAAAUACGUUUCGCACCUCCUGAGGUGCCCAAUGGUCCGUAUCGGGCCAUUUAUCCAGACUUCGAGGCAGUCAAGCAGGCGAAAGCGGAGCGGAUCGAGAAAAGAGUUGCCGAUGCCAAUGACGUCGGAAUUUAUGAUGGCGCUCCGAACAACCCCGUGGACCAGCGGCGUUUCAUUGGAGACUUGUAUAAUGCAUUUAAUUCGAUCGAAACAGAGGGCGAAGAUGCAAUCAUCGAUAAGCCUACAAAAAACGGGAAGUUAUCCCAGGCUGCCUUAAAAUUCCAAACGGGUCGUUAUCCGCCGGCAGCAAUUGAGGAAGUCUGUUGGGAGAUUUUUGACAGAGCUCGCUAUGCACAAAUGGAUGUGAGACUUUUGGAAGCAUUCCACGAGCACAAAUUUGAGGGGACUUUGAUUCACUCUACAUUUGGUGCACGAUGGACAGCUAUCGUUGGCGCCUGCGCUCGCUCUAAAGCCUUAUGUAAGAUGUUGUUGGAUGCUCCAUACCUCGAUCGGUUCGUCAGUCAUCCACAAGCCGAGCUCAAGAUGAAGCUCAACAACAAGAAGAUCAACGCUCAGCGCGAUGAACAAAACGAAAUAGGGCGGAGUUUUCUCAGCAAAGGCCUUGGAAAGGAAGAGGCUGCAGAAGCAAUUGCACAUUUGCAUCCUGGAGAUGAAGAUUCUUUUGACAGGUAUGCUCAUCUCAGCCCUCGAAAACCCUCCAAUGGCAAUGCCGCUGGCCCAACUACACCUCUCGCGCCCGUUCGUAUCCAACCUGCUCGAUCUGCCGUUGCAAACUCAGCCAAGCGCAAGAAGAUAUCAGAGUCUGAGGACGAAUAUGAUGAUGACGAGGAUGAAUACAUAGAUUCAGCUAUUAGAUCCAGUAUUAAACCUAACCUCAGAACUCGUCGGGCUACUUUAAAGACCCCUACACGAUCGAACACAACCAACUCCGUCAUGGAUAAGACUCCUCAAAGUAAGCGAGCAAAAGUACCUUCGACCAUCGCAAGUCAACGUCGUAUUGAGGACAUGGCUCCUCUGAAAUCCCAGGCCCAAUCAGAUGCUGAGUCCGAUGAGAUUUAUAGGAUGGCUAUCUGUAGGCUCCUCGGUCUUAAUCCAAAGCACGCUCAAGUCAUGAAAUACAGCCUAGAAGAUCUCAGAUAUUAUGCGAGAGCUUACAAUGGUGAAUUCGAAGGAUCACCAUGGACACAUAAAGACUAUCCUGGAUUUGUUGGUAUCGAAUGGACUCUUAAAGAUGCAAACAAUAACGAUUAUGAGCAUUUUUCUCAGAUCAUCAAGUCAUUGGGACCGCUUGCUGCUCUGCGUGGAGAUUUCGUCGAUGGCAAACUCAUGAAGAAUAAAAACAAAAUGUUCCAUCCCAAAUCAUCAGCUGAUCGAGAAGCUCUUGGUGCCACCGCGAAUGCUUUUGGCUUUCAUGGUGGAUAUCCUGCUCCUGUGAGCAUUAAAUCACAUGGAAGCCCCGAUAUGCUAGCUGAGAACUCUACAUUCUCUAUUCCCACACGACAACCUGUUUCACAAAUGAAUGCGUAUCAGCCGCUCCGCCAGGAUUAUUAUCAAGGUCAAGCUGCAUAUGGUCAAGUUGGCUCAUCAUAUCAAUCCUACAACCAUAACCAUACUCCCCAAAGCUACACAAACUCUCCCCACAAUUAUAUCUCCCCAACUAAGAGUUACGAAGGUGAUGCAUUUCAACAAGGAAGCCUUGGUGGCCAACAAACCUUUGCUCAUGCAGCUUACGGCUCUACAAAUUAUGGUUAUAAUUCUCAAGCUGCUCCUAUACUCAGUGAUGGUCUCCCAUACGGUAGUCACAACAACAACGCUUAUGCUUCCUCAAUUAGAGGUCAAAGUACUGGAUAUGAUGCUAGUCAUACUACUCAAAGCAGCUCCUAUACUUCCCCUCAACUUGGUCAGGGCGGAGGAAUCUUUCAUCAUCCACAUCUCACCAGUCUCACUUCUCGCCAUAUCGAUCCACAAUAUCCAGAUCCUGAUGACUGUUCAAGUUAG